AGUUCCAUUUCUGAAAUAAGACGUAUAAUUGGAGAAAUCUCUACCUGUUGGAAUAUAAUAUCGUUUUAAAGUGUAGUUCGUACUCGAGUUGUAUUUUCCACAACUUUCAAUAGUUGAUAAUGUUGCUUUUACUGGUGAUUUUCGGUUUCUGCACACGUACAGCUGAAGGGUAUAACUACACGUGCCUCAAAUGUACCGAAUCUCCCAAACCGUACACGUGUCAGACAAUCCAACACUGCGGCAGUCAUGAGCUGUGUCAUCUCGAAGAAUAUAUCACCACAAUAGGAUCGCUGAGGUUCAACCUGAGGUGCAUUGAUGAAAUGAUCUGUAAAGCAUCGCAACUGAUAGGCCGGAAGCGCACGGAUGCAGUGUGCUCCCAGUGUUGCCAUGGUGACCUCUGCAACGCGAAAGGAUGCGGACAGGAGCCGCCCAAGUCUGAUGGCCCGGUUUGCUAUUCGUGUGGCAGUUCUCUGGGUGCUGAUGGCUGUGAGAAAGUGCAGCAAUGUGGGAGGGACGAGGUGUGUCAGAUCACCACACAAACUCAGUUUUCUGGCCCCGGGGAGAAGUUCUAUUCCACAGGAUGUGUACACAAACAAGAUGUAUCUUGCCAGUUAAGCGGAAAAGGCUGUAGAUACUGCUGUGAUUCCAAUCUAUGUAAUGCGGUUGACCCGUGCCUACACAACUCGACAACUUUCACAUCCACGACCACCUCCACACACCCUGACAUAGCGUCUACCCAAACAGCUAUCAUUACUACAACAACAGCUAGGACCACGACCGCCGCCACAACUCCUGAAAUAACGUCCAUCCAAACUGAUAUCAUUUCUACAACAACAACCGGGACCAAGAACGUCACAGCAACUACUAAUACUGCUUCCUUACCGACGACACAGUACAAUGGUCCGUGUAUCGAUGAAAGCCUGACCGUGUGCCGGUAUGAUACCGUUUGCAGUCAGCAUCCGACGAGGUGCCCAAAACUCUGUAAGCUGUGUGUGUAGGACGGACGAGCAGAGCUUGUUGAGACAUGACUUGCCCAACUGUGUCAUGCUUAUAGGCCUUAGUUGAUUGAUUGUGUUGUUGUCGUCAGUUUGCUUAUGUUAAGUAUAACGUUUGAAAUAAAGCUAAUGAAAAAUGAA